UGCUGUUACUCUCCGUUUUGCGCAACUUUAUUGAGAUGACACAUGGCGACAGAGAGCGCCGACAGGAGGCGCAGGGCAGGAGUAUAUCAUCCGCGGUGUUACAGAGUUAUAACCGUAUCCCCAACACGAGCCUCUCUGUCCUGAAGAAGUCGCACCGUUUCUGUGACAUGGGUCCCGUGUGUUAAAUUAUUACAGUCUGACAGAGGUCUCUGAACGCCAGGCUGAGAUCGGCGGCUGCAGGUUGAGGUGUCUCUCUGAUUACUCAUCACUGAACUCAUACCGGCACCUUGUUUGGACAGGAGGGUAGAAGUUCUGGCUUCCCAUCACCGCACUACAGGACACAAGAUGGGGACAGGAAUAUAAAGAAGUGUCUGAUAAACUUGUUUCCUGGGAAGUAUAUAAUGAUCUCAACAGUUCGGAUUUAUCAAAAGCAAAACUGGACCUAGAUUUCCAUCCACGGCCAUCAUGCGCCCAGCUGUUGCUGUAUGCCUGCGCUUGUUUCCGUUCCACCGGCGGCGCUGGCCUGUCCUUGUCUUGUUCUUCUCGCUCUCUUUGCUAAUUAUCUACAUCGUCUCUGGCUAUCUAGAAGAGCGAUUGUCUCAGACACUUCCCAUUUUCUACUCCACUCCAUCCGAUCUUUCUUCAUCUCGACUUUUAAAUGUUCCUGUCCCUCCAUUACUACUCUCCCCUGUCAAGGCUUGCUUGCCUCCCCCAUUCCUCCUCAUUUUAGUUACCAGUGCGCCUUCCCACAGAGACAGGAGGGAUGCGAUCCGCCAGACGUGGGGGAGUCUCUCUUCUUCCACCUCCUCCGCUUCGCUCACCCUGUUCGUCCUGGCGGUUCCGAAGUCGCCAGCAGAAAGAGCCGCACUGGUGCACGAAGCAGUGACCCACAGGGACAUCAUCCAGGCCAACUUCACCGACUCUUACCAGAACUUGACGCUUAAAACCCUGACGGGGUUGUCUUGGGCACUUGGGAAAUGCCAAGAGGCUCAGUACUUGCUCAAGACGGAUGAUGAUGUCUUCAUCAACGCGGUGGCCUUGUCAAAGUUUCUGCGGGAACAGAACGGACUCCUGUACCUGGGCCGAGUUCACUGGCAUGUUAGCCCCGACCGGGACCCAGAGAGCCGUCAUUACACCUCACAGGAACUAUACGCAGGUGACCAUUUUCCACCCUAUUGCAGUGGCACCGCCUACGUGUUGUCUCAGGCAGCUGCUGGACACAUCUUGCAAGAGGCCGGGAUUGGCCCCUGGCCUACAGUUGAGGAUGUUUAUGUUGGCAUCUUGGCUCGGGCAGCUGGGAUUGCUCCACGGCACACUGCUAGAUUGUCGGGUUCAAUGGCCAUUCCACAUUACAGCUGCUGUUACCAAACCAUGUUCAGCACCCACGGACUCUCUCCCCGCAGCAUGCAGGAGGCCUGGAACAUGCUGAAGGAGGCGGACAAUCACUGGUGUCCCCCAUUUACCAUGCUCUUCUGUAAAUUGCUUGGGCGGGGGUGAAGGGAGAAAUUGUCCAUUGACUGCAGGCGGCGGCAGAUGAGGUCUAGGUUGGAUGUUUCGUUGUAAUAAUUUACAGUAUAUUUCAUUCCCUGCAGGGGCUUGUCCCCUGAUCGUCUAUACAGCCCAGCAAUGUCUCCUGUGUAACAUUUCAGCAAUUACCUGGUUUAAUGGCGCGGUGAAAGGUUCGUGGGAAUGAAGCAGCUGAUUGGUGGCCUGCUGCUAAUUUCUAUCCGUAGACCAGAGGUUCCCAAACGCUGUCCUCAAAGCACCCCAACGGUCCUGGUUUUAAAUGUAUCCAUGCUUGGCCACAGGUGACUUAAUUAGCACCUCAGUCAAUUUGAUUUAACAAUCUGUGCUGAGCCAUUGAUAUACCUAAAUCCUGGACUGUUGUGGUGCCUUGAGGACCACGUUUGGGAUCCUCUGCCAUAGACACUCAUUAGGAAUUUGCCACAUGGCUUUGGACACAUAAGAAGCCAUAACGGAGAUUCAGCACAAGGCACGGUCCAUACACAACCCUAUUUCAUGUUUGCCAUCAUAGCCGCGGCUGACACCGUGACUUUCUCCACCUUUUAUACGUUAGACUGAAGGAUAUACUUCUCCGGCACUGCCUUCUGUCGGCACGCACAGGUAAAAUGUACAUGCACUGGAAUCUACAAAGUCAAAGCGGAAUUAUUGUUAGUAUACAACUUGUACGUAGCGUGUUACAACUACUAAAGGUUCUCCAAUAGCAACGGAAGCUGUAGACCCUUGAACCCUGACGAAGAAACUGGAUAUUUGUACUUGAUGUAAAACUUGUUCCUUGUAAUCUAUCUGGGGGACACCGCUGUAUUUACUAGGGGCUGGCACAGGAGUAUGCACCAACAUGCUAGCCAGGAAAGCCCUGCCCCCGUCUAACCCAUCCCGCAUCCUUAGAGUGGCGCCCCUUCAUCAGAUAGGUGAAGUUUACACAUUCCCAUUUGCCUCCCACAACCCAUGAGAAAGUAGGGUCCUCACAGAGGAGACAGCAGCUGUGACGAGAUACGGGCACCAUGCUUUCCGGGGGCUCAGCAGCUAGUCAUCACUGACUACUUAGAUGGUAGCCUCUUGGCCAAGCCAGCCACUCACUAGCUGUGGUGUGAGCUCCAGUUGAUCACCAAUGUUGUGUCCCUAAGUGUAGGGGCUAAUAGCUGCAAUCACCAGCAUCAUUCACACUCUGGGGCAGAUGUAUUACCCUGGAGAAGGCAUAAGGAAGUGAUAAA